UGUGAGUCAAGUCGUGAGCCAGACGAUGGCCGCCAAGCCCUAUAGCGCUAGGCCGCUUCGGGACGCGGCUCAACCUUCGUUUUCUCCAGCAUGCCGCAGCGUCACCCCGACGCUCCCAUUGCCGCUGCCACCGCCUCGACACCAACACCAUGAUCGCGCAAUCCAUCAGGGCCUCGCGCCAGGCGCUCGCACGCGUUGCCCGCCAGCAGCCUACCUACCUCGCCCGCCGCACCUUCAUCACCCCCACGGCCGUCCGACAAGCCGACUUUGUCCAGGACUUGUACCUCCGCGAGCUCAAGGCCUACAAGGUCCCGCAGGUCAAGGCCAACGACGCCGAGGGCCACGUCCAGAAGUUCACCGUCCCCAAGGCCCCCGCGUCUCCCGAGGAGACUGACAUUGCGAGCGAGCUGAAGGCGUACGAGACGCAGGCGGUCGAUGUCGAGGGCGGUUCGUCCGCAGAGGGCGGUGCUGUGCUGCCCGAGGAGGACUGGUUCGUCGAGGAGGACGAGUCCAUCACCACGCCCGGUGCCACCCACUAAGCUGGGCGUGUCCGACGUUAAAACUG